AUGAGUUCAAGAUCAGAUAGAGGUAGAGGUGGUAGAGGUGGUUCAAAUGGAUCAGGUAGAGGUGGCAGAGGUGGUUCAAAUGGUGGACGUGGUGGCGGCAGUUUCAGUGGUGGUAGAGGUGGUGGUUCUGGUGGUGGUGGUAGAGGUAGAGGUGGUGAUAGAGGAGGAAGAGGUGGUGGUAGAGGUGGUAGAGGAGGAGCUGGUGGUGGAUCAAGUUUACAAAAAAUUGGUAAUAUUAAUGUUAAAUUUGAUGAAAAAGCUGCUAAUUUAAAUGCUUUACCAGCUAUUCAAUCAUUUGAAAAAACUUAUGCUGAUAAAAUUAAAAAUGAUCCUCAUCAAAUUUUAUUAAGAAGAGAUUAUGGUUCAAUUGGUAUUCCUGUUGAUGUUGGUACUAAUUAUUUAAAAUAUAAUGUUGCUGGUUUAAAAUUAUAUCUUUAUAAUGUUGAUUUUACUGAUAAAGAAGAUGCUAAUUCAAAAAAAUCAAAAAAUGGUAAAGAAGGUGGUAAACAAAUUAAACCAAAAUUAACUAUUAAACAAGCAAUGUUUGAUUAUAUUUUAAAUGAAGAACCUUUUAAAAGUAAAAGAUCUCAAAUUUAUUAUAGAGAUUAUAAUAUGAUGUAUUCAAGUUCCCCAUUACCAAUUGAAGAUGUUGUUAUUUUCCCAAUUAAAGAUAAAGGUUUAAAUGUUAAAAUUCAACAUGUUAAAAGUUUAAAUUUUAAUGAUUUAAUUAAAUUUACUACAUUAAAAAAUUAUACAAAAGAUUUCCAAGAUGUAGCAGAAUAUACAAAUGCUUUAAUUGCAGUUAUUGGUUCAAAAGCUUUAGAAAAUGAAAAAGUUGUUGGUUUAGGUGCUAAUAAAUUCUUUUUAUUUGAUAAAAAUACUCCAGUUGAAGAUUUCCAACAAGGUUUAAAUAUUGCUUUAGGUACUUUUGUUUCAGUUAGAUGUUCAUUUGAUAGUGUUAGAGUUAAUAUGAAUCCAACUCCUGCUAUAUUUUAUAAAGCAUUUUUACCAAAUGGUGAUCCAAUGAGUGUUGUUGAAUUAGUUCAAGAUUAUUUACAAAUUGAUGGUACUCCAGGUAUUAAUGAUUUUAAAAAAGUUCAAUAUUUUUUAAAAGGUGUUAAAAUUUAUAGAAGUUAUUUAAAAAAAAUUAGUGGUAAAGCUAUUCAAGGUUUUAAUUUUGAUAAAAAUUCAAAUACUUUAACUUUUGAAGAAAAUGGUAAAGAAACUAAUGUUACUAAAUAUUUUGCUGAAAGAUGGGGAAUUAAAUUAAAAUAUCCUACAUUACCAUUAGUUAAAAUUGGUCCAACUGCUUUUUUACCAAUGGAAAUUGCUUAUAUUGUACCAAAUCAACAAUAUAAAGGUGAAGUUUGGGAUACAAGAACUUUAAUUAGAUUAACUGCUUUAAGACCUUUAGAUAAAGCUAAAUUAAUUAGUCAAGCUAAUGAAAAUGUUUUUAAUAAAGUUGAUUAUGGUAAAAUUGAUUCUGGUUUUACAAAAGUUCCUUCAAGAGUUUUAAGUGCUCCAGUUAUUGAAUAUAAAUCUAAAAAAGUUAUUUAUAAAGAAGAAAGUUAUAAUGGUAAAAAUGAAACUAAAAAAGGUAAUUGGAAUUUAGAAAAUGUUCAAUUUGUUGAAUCUCCAAAAUCUAAAAAUAAAUAUACUUUUGGUGUUUUAUUAUUAAAAAAUAGAUAUGUUGAAAGAAAAUUAGGUGAUUUAAAAGAUGCUUUUUUACAAUUUUUUACUGAAAUUAAUAGAUUAGGUAUUAAAAAUGAUGUUGAAAAAUUUAAACAAUAUUCAGUUGAUCUUGAAGAUCGUAGUGUUGCUACUGAAGAAGGUUUAGAAGCAAGUUUAAAUAAUAUUUUAAAAAAAGCAAAAGUUCAAGAUAAAGUUGAUUAUAUGAUGGUUGUUUUACCAAAAAAAGAUACUACUUAUUAUAGAGCUGUUAAAAGAUCAAGUGAUUUAACUGUUGGUAUUAUUAAUAGUUGUGUCGUUAUUGAUACUUUUGCUAAAAAAAGAUUUGAUAGAUUUGAUGUUGGAUUAUUUGCUCAAGUUGCUAUGAAAGUUAAUUUAAAAUUAGGUGGUUCAAAUCAUAAAUUAUCAGCUCAAGAUAGUGUUGGAUUAUUUGAUGAACAAAAAGUUCCUGUUUUUAUACUUGGUGCUGAUGUUACUCAUCCUACUGGUCAACAAAAUUCAGAAUCUGUUUCAGUUGCUUCAGUUGUUGGUAGUGAAGAUGGUAUUUUUAAUAAAUUUCCUGGUUCUGUUAGAAUUCAACCUGGUGGUCAAGAAGUUAUAUCAGAUAUUAAAACAAUGGUUAUUGAAAGUUUAGAAAAUUUCCAUAAAAAAGUUGGUAAAUUACCUUCAAAAGUUUUAUUUUAUCGUGAUGGUGUUUCAGAAGGUCAAUAUUAUACUGUUUUACAACAAGAAUUAACUCAUGUUAAAGCUGCUUUUACUGAAUAUGCUAAUCUUAAAAAUAUUAAAAAUUAUAAACCAAAAAUUACUUUUAUGAUUGUUGUUAAAAGACAUCAAACAAGAUUUAUUCCAUUAGAAAAAAAUGCUGCUAAUUCUCAGAAAAAGGAAGUUGCUGUUACAUCAAAUGAUAAUGUUAUUCCAGGUACUGUUGUUGAUAAAGAUAUUACAUCAAUUGCAUUUUUUGAUUUUUAUAUUCAAUCUCAACAAGCAUUACAAGGUACUGGUAUUCCUGCUCAUUAUUAUGUUUUACAUGAUGAAAAUGGUUAUAAAUCAGAUGAAAUUCAAAAAAUCACUUAUAAUUUAUGUCAUACUUUUGGUAGAGCUACAAAAUCUGUUAAAGUUGUUCCAGCUGCUUAUUAUGCUGAUUUAUUAUGUACAAGAGGUAGAUGUUAUGUUGGUGCAGCAAUGAAACCUACUCGUGGAAAUAUUAUGGAUAUUUAUAAAAAGAAAUUAGGUGAUAAUGUUGCUCAAAAUAUUAAAAAUACUAUGUUCUACAUUUAA